CGGUGGCGGGCGGGCGACCCGUCUUCCGCACGCCCCAGAAUAGGGGCCGCCAUCCCCAUGGCCGUGCCUGCGAGUGGGCCCUGCGCCGGCGGGUCGCGGGACAUUCUGUGGCGCGUUUUGGGCUGGAGGAUAGUAGCAAGUAUUGUUUGGUCAGUGUUGCUUCUGCCCAUCUGUACCACAGUCUUUAUAAUCUUCAACAGCCUUGAUCUAUUUCAUCCUAUACAGUGGCUAUCAGAUUCUGUUAAUGAUCUGUGUAGUUCGUAUGUGAUCUUUUAUCUCCUGCUGCUGUCGGUUGUAAUAGUAAUAAUAAGUAUUUUCAAUGUGGAGUUCUAUGCAGUUGUGCCUUCUGUUCCCUGCUCCAGACUGGCCCUGAUAGGAAGGAUCAUUCAUCCUCAACAACUCAUGCACUCAUUUGUGCAUGCUGCCUUGGGGAUGGUGACAGCUUGGUGUGCUGCUGUGAUCAACAAGGGCCAGUACAGUUUUCUCGUGGUUCCCUGCACUAAAACUGAAAGCUUAGACAGCCCUCCUGCGCAGACCUGCUUAAAUGAAUAUCAUCUGUUUUUUUUACUGGCUGGAGCAUUCAUGGGCUAUAGCUAUAGCCUCCUGUACUUUGUUAACAACAUGAACUACCUUCCGUUUCCCAUCAUUCAGCAAUACAAGUUCUUGCGGUUCAGGAGAUCUCUGCUCUUAUUAGUUAAGCAUAGUUGUGUGGAAUCACUGUUCCUGGUUAGAAAUUUUUGCAUUGUGUAUUAUUUUCUUGGCUAUAUACCCAAAGCUUGGAUUAGCACUGCUAUGAACCUUCACAUAGAUGAGCACUUUCACAGGCCUCUUGACACAGUGAGUGGCCUCUUGAACCUCUCAUUACUCUACCACAUCUGGCUUUGUGGUGUCUUCCUCCUGAUAACUUGGUACAUCUCAUGGAUACUCUUCAAAAUCUAUGCCACAGAGGCUCAUGUGUUUCCUGUUCAGCCACCAUUUGCAGGAGACUCAGAUGAAUGCCUCCCGAAAGUUUUAAGUAGCAAUCCUCCCCUCAUUAUAAAGUAUUUAGCCUUGCAGGACCUGAUGUUGCUUUCUCAAUAUUCUCCUUCUCGAAGACAAGAAGUUUUUAGCCUUAGCCAACCAGGUGGGCAUCCUCAUAAUUGGACUGCCAUUUCUAGAGAGUGUUUGAAUCUUUUAAAUGAUAUGACUCAGAAACUGAUUCUCUACCAAGAAGCUGCUGCUACAAAUGGGAGGUUUUCUUCAUCGUACCCAGUGGAAUCUAAGAAACUGAAUUCCUCAGAAGAAACUGCUCUUCAGACGCCAAAACCUAGCCAAACACCUCGAUCAUCAGCACCACCGUCAGCUAAAACUGCACUGUUUUCUUCAAAAUUACCUACACCUGAUACUUCAAGUACCUUUGGGUCUCCUUUGGGCUCUAAUGUGGUGAAUCGAAUGGCUGGGAUUUUUGAUGCAAAUAUUUGCUAUGCAUCACCACAAAGUCCUCUGCUAAUAAGAAGAGGACCAAGAUUAUGGACUUCUGCUUCUGAUCAGCAAAUGUCUGGAUUUUCAAAUCUACCUCCAUGCACCUCUGUUGGUACUGAUGGUAAAGCAGUGAGACAGCCCAAUGUGGUCUAUUCAUGGAUACAGAAUAAGCGUGAACAGAUUAAGAAUUUCUUGUCCAAACGGGUGCUGAUAAUGUAUUUUUUCAGUAAGCAUCCAGAGGCCUCCAUUCAAGCUGUUUUUUUAGAUGCCCAAAUGCAUAUUUGGGCAUUAGAAGGUCUGUCUCACUUAGUAGCAGCGUCAUUCACAGAAGAUAGAUUUGGAGUUGUUCAGACUACACUACCAGCUAUCCUUAAUGCCUUAUUGACACUGCAAGAGGCAGUUGACAAGUACUUCAAGCUUCCUCAUGCAUCUAGUAAACCACCCCGGAUUUCUGGAAGCCUUGUGGACAGGUCUUACAAAACAUUAAGAUUUGCAUUUAGAGCAUCACUAAAAACUGCUAUCUAUCGAAUAACUACUACAUUUGGUGACCAUCUCAAUGCUGUGCAAGCAUCUGCAGAACAUCAGAAAAGACUUCAACAGUUCUUGGAGUUCAAAGAAUAGUUAAGUAAUAUAAACUGUGUUCAUUACACUGCUGAUACAACUACAGAUGGGACAGUAAAUGUUCAGCAUUCUUGGAUCAGAAGAAAAUGGACUAAUUAGAUGCUUCCUUUGUCGUGGUGGUUGCUUUGAAAACUAUACUUUAAUGGGAGAAAUCAUGGAAAGAAAUUCUCAGCAGAAUAACUGAAAACUGCCUUUUCUGUACCAAAUGCUUUUUGUGUGUGUGGUAUAAUAAAAUCUUUAUUCAAUUUUACAGGAGCAUCUAUGGCAAUAGAAAUGGCUCUAGCUCAUAUAACUUAAUAAUAACUCAAAAAUUUUUAGAAUUUACUUUUGAAAGGAUUGGAGCCAGUUUUGAAGUUAAAAUAGGUUGCCUUGAUACGGUCUUUCCAAUCAUUCCAAGAGUUUAGCUUUCUGUCAACUUGAAAUACAUAAACUUUUUAAGAUUAGUUUCUGUUUACUGAGGGAUAAAAAUGGUAACAGUGGAGAAAAAUUUACAGUGAAAAUAUUGUCUAAAGGACAUAUUUUGUUAAUCUGUUAGGUUGUGUUUUUGUUUCCAGGAACAAAUUAAAUUUUCAUGAUUAUCCAAAAAAAGUCUCAAUUUACAGAUGCUAACUCUAUAUAAAGGAAUGUGGAAAAAAUCAGUUCUUAUUACAAGAUUAAACAUUCACAGUAGGUUUUUGAGAAACAAUUGACUGACAUCUCUGAAUUUAUUUUGUAUCAUGCUGGUAAACAAUAAAUGUCUGGGUAUUUUCCCAACUAGUUUUGCUUGCUUUUUUCUGGAACAAAACAUUAACUGAUAGUAGUUUCUCAAGGGAGAGGAAAAAUUUUUUCAAGAAAAACCAGGAAACUGUCUCUUUCUUCCUCUACAUUCAUCUUCAUUAGAUCAAAUUGGUUUAGAGAAGCUUGUCUGGCCUCACAGAGGGAGCAGCCUGUGCUGUGUUAACUGGCUAAUUAAAAUAUAAUAGGAAGAUCUUUAAAGCCAGAAACUACUUAGUCAUCAAGUAGCAAGUAAAACCAAAACAUCAGAGAGAUGAUAUGAGUAUGUUGUAUGUCCUCAAUGUGAGUGAGUUGAUUUUUAUACGUUAUUAGUAGAUCUACUACUUUGAAGAUGUAAGAUUGGAGUCCUGGUGCUAGAUACUCAUUGACUGGCUUUGGACUAAACUGUUAUUCAUAACUCUUAUUAUAUUUUCCCUAAAGGUCACAUAAUACUGUAUAUAAAGCUUUAAUGUGGUAUAUAUGUCUACCAUUUAUCUGCUUCAUUGAUAAUAUCUUUACAAAUAGUGUAUUUUAGCUUCAGGACCUAUUGCCCUUAAACCAUCACAUGUGAAAUUAUAACUGAAACCUGCUGAUCUUUAAAGUGUCUUUAAGGGACAGUUCCCCAAUUGUGAAGUGUUUGGGUAUUUAAGCUUCCCCCUCCACUCUUCAUGUCUGAGGUUGAGUUGAUCUCUUUUUGAAUGUGAAAGUUGAAUAUUAAAUGUGGUAGUUUCUUUUAGAUAACCAGAAAAUUGUGGCUAGCUUAACUGGAAACUGUUAUAUUCCAUCUAUUAAAGCCAUAAACUUUUAUUCCCUUCCUCCCUUCUUCCCUCCCUCCCUUCCUCCCUACCUCCCUCCUUCCCUUUGUUUUUCUCUUUCCACCCUCCCUUUGUGUGUGUGUGUGUGUAUAUGUAUGUGUGUGCAUGCAGUACUGCAGAUUGGACCCUGGCUGUUGCUUGUUAGACAAGCACUAUACACUUGAGCCACAUCCCAGUCUUUUUGUUUGUAUUUUCCUUUUGAGAUAGGGUCUUGCUGACUUUGCCCUAGUGGGCCUGGAACUAGAGAUUCUCCUGCCUCUGCCUCCCAAGUAGCUUCGAUUAUAAAUUUCACACCAUGCUCAGCUUUAAUUCAUAAGCUGUUUAUAUUCCUUGGCUGCCCCCGACUGAAGCAUUUUAGAAAACAAGUCUUCUUAAUCUUCUGGUUCCAUUAAAGAUUUGUAUAUUUAAUCCUCUGGAUUUCUGAUAUGGGAGAUGGAACAAUUUCUUUUAAACUUGGACUUAUAUAAAUUGUCUGGUUAGGUUUAGGGUCUUGUCAUUUCCCAUGCAUUUUGGGCAAAGAUAAGGGCAUUGUGAAUGUUUCUGAGAUGUUUGACCCUAUUUUAUCUCAAGAGAUCAUACUUUGUAUGAAAUAUAAACCACAUAAUGUUCCCUGUUGGAAAUUGGGACAUUGCUUCUCUGAUCUGUAUUGUAUUUAGUAGGUAAAGGGAUCGGUUCUUUUUUCCUGUUCUGUGCUGGUCAUCUACAUGCCAGCUAUUGGGGCAAGACUGUAUUAUUAAAGAGAGCGUCUUUUCCUACCUACAAGGAGGACCUGAAGAAGACCAAGAGGAGAGAAGCAGUCCUUUGACCAAGUCACAUCCUGCCUAUCAGCCAGCCUCUGGUGCUCUGACAUGGGUAUGGGAAAUCAGAGAGCAUCUUUAAAAGUCUCUGUCAGGCAAUACAAUAUUUUAUCAGUUCCUAUAAUACUUUGAUUGUUUUGUGUGUCUUUCUAUAAAUACUUAGUUUAUAUCCUUUUGUAUAUUAUUGAUACUAAUUUGAGUAGAAAAAUAAAUUCAUUAUUCUUAAAAAGUA